AUGCAUCUCAUCUGGCUACUCCUCCCCGCCUCAGCCUUCGCCGCUACCAUCCGUCCACGACAAUCCUCAUCUCCCACCUUCAGCCUCUCCCCAGACGAGAAAGACACCAUCGAGCUCCUCACCUACAUCCGCCACAUCACGCACAACCUCUUCCACACUGGCUGUGAUGCAUUCAACGAGGGUGACUGGGUCACCGCCGGCUUCUCCAACGCCUUGCCACCCAAUAUCUGCAGAAUGGCAAACCAGAGCGACGCUCACGUGGACAGCUUGAACGGAAUCCUUACCAACAACGACGUACCCAGGAUCGAGGCUUGUACCUACACUUUCGUCUACAGCGAGCCUACCAGUUACGUUAAUCUGGCGAAUGAAGUUUUGAUGUGGAGCGUAUCGGCCUAUCUAGGAGCGCUGCCUUCCCUCGCCAGCAACCCACCCCUCCUCACCCUGAUAUCCUCCCAACUCACAAUCCUCGCCCGCUACAAUGGCUACCUCCGCGGCCAAUACGGCGCCAAGCCCGCUCCUUCCCUCAUCGACACACCCCUCCCUCCCGCCUGGUCCUACAACAUCGCUCAGUCCUACAUCAGAACCUGCGACAAUGCUCUCGGCUACUCUGUCCUCCCCACCUUGAACGUAUCUGAUGUUCCCUGGAAAAACAAUCAAGCCGAUCCUUCCCCGCAGGAAAUCACAAUCAGUUACGAUCCUGACACGUUCUGGGCGCCGCAGGAGGACGAUGCGACGUUCUAUUUGGCGUUGGUCAAUCAGGGGUAUGAGCCGGUUAUGGUGGGCAUCAAUGAGACGGGGAGAGAGGGGAGUGUGGUGAUUGCGAGUGCGGUGAUUCCGGUGGAGGAGAGUACUGGGGUGGUUUAUGCGGCGUUGACGACGUUUCAAGGGGGUAUGGAUGUGGGAAAUUUGACGGAGUUUGGAACGUUGGCGGGACCCGUCGAGAUUGUCGUGAGUUGA